AUGGGUGGAGAUACCGGUAGCAAAGCUGAUCCCUCUGAUGAUAAAUCGUGGAAGCACUUUGUGAAAGUAUUGAAACUGCGCGAGGACCAGAGGAAAGCGUUCGAUCACCUACAAAUUGACAGCAUCAUUACGUUUUAUCGCGAAGCGGGGAAGGAGGAUUUCUUCCAAUUUGACGAUAAGAGAACGGUGUCUGAGGAAAUCGUGUUCGCUCCCGCAAUGAGGGGUACUCUGCUUGAGGCAUGGAAAUGGAUUGACAUCCAUCGUACAGAGAUUGAAAAUGACGAAGAUGACAACUGGUUUCUGAGCAAAUUUGGAAGGUCUUUCCAGAAGCAAGUUUCCAAACUGAGACGACCAAAAUUGCGAGAUGAAGAAACCAAGCGCUACAAGAUCACAGAGCCUAAUCAAGCGAAUGCCUCUUCCUUUACAGCCGGUGGUUCCCGGACGCUGCAAGGAGUUGCCACAUUUGCCUCCCAUAUUCCAUGA